AUGAUACGGUUCGGUGCUUAGACACAAUCCACUAGAGCCGAAGCUUUUGAAUUGGAAACCAGUCUACUCUACCAAAACGCUCCUUGCCCCCUUGAGAGGUGUGUUGACUCAAGAAAGAGUAAUUCAACCCCAAUUGUUGGGCGGUGGCAUCGAAGUCUAUUGUCAUUUCUUGAAGCGGGGGACUGUUACAGUGCAUGUUUUCAAAAUCGUUCAGAGAACCUGUGUUUAAUACUGCGUACACGGGUGUCCCUCAUUGAGUUGAACGAUGUAGGACAGAAUCGGGUGAAAGUGUUUCUCGCUUGUAACAGGUGUCGUUAUCUACGUUAGAUAGCUGUUGAUUACUGGUAGUAGAAAACUUAAUACCAACGCACAUCCAAUCAUCUGCUGUCCAGAUAAUCACUGUUCAAAAUGGUGUCGCCGGAGCGUGUACCAAAUAAUGUCAUCAACCCGUGUGUGAAGUAUACACUAUAUGUUCUCAGCUUUCUCUUUUGGCUGGUAUGUUGGUGUGUAACUGGUAUAGGAAUCUGGGCGCUGGUGGAAAGAGGAGAUAAUGUGAAGGUCACAUCAUAUCUCGACUUCUUCACCGAUCCAGCCAUCGUCAUGAUCGUUGUUGGAGGUCUGGGUAUCAUUCUUAACUUUGCUGGGUUUGUUGGUGCCCUCAGAGAGAACUGCUGUCUUCUUACUUUUUUUUAUCUUUCAAUGAUCCUCAUCUUCAUCUUAGAAGUCACAGCUGGUAUUCUGGCUUUUGCUUUCAGUGGACAGUUUUUCACAGCAGUAGACGAGGUGGUAGAGCAAGCAAUAAUGAAUUACAGAGAAGAUGGAGAUACUACCAAUUUCAUUGAUUACGCACAAAGAACGCUGGAGUGCUGUGGUGGAGAUGGGGGCUACAGGGAUUGGACACUUAAUAGAUACUUCAAUUGUUCGGACUCUAACCCAAGUAUAGAGCGAUGUGGUGUUCCAUACUCCUGCUGCCGGCCUGAGUCUCCAGAUGCUAUUAUCAACACUCAAUGUGGCUUCAAUGUUCAACGACAAACAUCAGCUGAAAUAGUUGAUGAUAUAUACAUCAUUGGGUGUGUAGACGGCUUCCUACUGUUUGUCAAUGAGAAGAGCUUGAUCGUUGGUCUGACUAUCUUUGGAAUUGCCCUUCUUCAGCUUCUAGUGAUGUUACUAGCCUUCAUCCUAAGCAGGCAGAUAGAGAAAGAAUAUGAGUUCUACCAAGAGUUCAAAAGCAGGAGCACCAAUGGACUUACUGGAAUAAGGACAGUGUCUGGUGGGAACCAGUUUUAGGCAGCUGUAACCAGUUCAAACUGCCUUUUAGACUUUAGGGGAGCUUUUCAUGAUGCAUUUUUCAGGGUUUGUCUUUCAAAUUGGCUCUUGGCCAGUCAGAGGCAAGAAUUUCAAAUGAUUGUGAAAUUGUUGUCAGUGGUAAUCACAGAAAAAUGUAUUAUGAAACCCUCCCCUGCAACUUCAUAUAAAAAUUUAAAGAUUAUCUUAUUAAAAUAUUUUUUAAGGAGAGAACAAAAGUGUGCUCAGGGACCAGUAACAACAAGAUAUGCAAUCAAUUGAAAAUUUCAAACAUCACUUCCAAUUGGCCUCGAUUGAACAAUAUGUUGAUAUCUUGAUUGCCUAUUUACAACUGAUUAUGUACUUUUGUGUUACCAUACCAUAUUUGUAAUAAGCUUUGUAAUCAAUUGAAAAUUUCGAACAUCACUUCCAAUUGGCCACAAGUGAACAAUAUGUUGUAAUCUUGAUUGCCUAUUUACAAUUGAUUAUGUACCUUUGUGUUACCAUACCAUGGUAUAUACUAUGAAUAUAUAUAUUUGUAAUUAGCUUGUAAUUUUUCAAGAAGCUGAGGUGAAGAUGAUGAAGAAUUUUGACUUAAGAGGAUAAUGAAAACAUGGCUUCAAAUUCCAAUGUGGCAAUAUCCUUAUGCAAGACAUUUGAAUUUGCAAGACCUAGAGAAGAUGUAGUGUGGGGACACAAGGGUCCUGUUGCAAUAAAAGUUACUGUUAUGGUAACUCUGCCAUUCAAUGGUAACUACCAUGGUAACAAUGCUCAACAGCCAAUCAAAUUCAAGCAUUCCAUGAAAGAUACCAUUGGAUGAAAAAGUUACCAUAAUAGUAACUUUUAUGCAACAGGGCCCUGGAAGGGUUUAUUCUGUAAAUAUAACAAAAUUAUUGCUGCAAUUGCUGAAGCUAGGUGGCCAAGAGAAUCUGAAAGAUCCUAGGAGUACUUUGAAAAUUAAUGGAUGGAAAAGAAUUGAAAUAUGAAUUCUUUAUAAAGAUUUCAAAAGAGAUCACAUAGAAUAGCUUGUGACAAAUAAAAGAAAAAAAUCAAGUCAAGCUGUUUUGUUGUUAAUUGAAGAUAUCAUUAUUUAUUUGAUAUUUGUAUAGAUUAAAAAAUGGAUAAUAUCUUUGAAGUUUGAUUAUUAUUAUUAGUACCCCAGAAGACAAAGACUUCGGUUAGAACAUGUACACUCCUUUCCAUUUCCCCCAAACAUUCUGCAUUUAUAUAUUCAAGGGAAACAUUUUAAUUUGACAAUAUCAAGCUCUUGUUUUCAGAUAUUUAUUUUUAAACCUAAUCCAAUUUUGAGAAUGCAUUUUGUUCACAUUGACAGGGUGCUAGGUCUGCAUUUAGAAUGAUAGCGAGUUUAUGAUUUUCCAUCUGUUGUGCCUUUGUUCGAAGUUUUACUUCUUUUGAAAUCUUUCCUUAAUAUUUACCAAGCACAAAUUAUAUUAUAUAAAUAGAUGCACUAUUGUCUAUACACUUGCUAAUGGGUAAAUUUAUUCAAGAUAUUUACUUUGGAAUGAUCAGCAUAUACCAAUUAUAAAAACUGUAUGCACAAUUACAUUGCAGUUCUAAGAAAGACAUCAACUUAUUUUCACCUACCAUUUUAGUUUUCCUGUGUUUGAGUUAUGUUGUAAGAAUAUAUUCACAAUGAUGUAGAAUUAUUCAAAUUAUCUAUCUGACAUUUUGGCUGUAGCUAUAUUUAGUCAGGUGAUAUGUCUAAGAGAUUGUUAUGUCUAAAAAAUUCUUUGGAGUUUCAAUUUCAUCUAAGAGACUUUUUAUGGUCACACUCAUCAAAUAUUUACCCGUUUUUGUAAACUAUUGUCUGCGUCACUGCAAGCUUCACCAGCCAUUUACUGUUAUUCUUUAUACCAAUACAUUAAUAAAACAUUCUACUCAGUAGCUGAGAAAGCUCACAGAAUGUGUUUUUUUUCUUGUGGUUAAGCUUCCUUGAAUGUAAAUGGUGGCUCAAACUUAAACAGGAAACAGAUUUCUCAUUCCUACAUAUUAGAAAAAUAAGAAAAGUAAUUAUACUUAUAAAGUGUCUUAUGAAAAUUAUAUGCAAAACUGAAUCCAAAUUUUCUCUGACUGUAUUAUUUAGAUGUUGUAAUAUAUUUCCUAUCAGCCAUAGUUCAUUAUAUAAAAAUGAACACUUUUGUUGAGAGCUUUCAAUGAAAUCUUCCCAUUCUUGUAUUUCUUAAUAAUAAUGUGCUUUGUACAGGAUUUGUACAAGACUGAAAGUAAUCUAAUAAUAUAUAUAUAUACAUCAUA